GACAAGAUGCUUUGCACUCCCAAGUGCUCAAGGUGCAGGAACCAUGGCUUCCUGGUGCCGGUCAAGGGCCAUGCAGGCAAGUGCCGCUGGAAACAGUGCAUCUGCGAUAAGUGCUACCUGAUUUCCCAGCGCCAGAAGAUCAUGGCUGCACAGAAGAUGCUCAAUAAACAAGAUGCUGCCAAGGAGCAGGAGGCGGCCCUGGGCAGGCAGCUGGCUCCUGGGGCUCCAGGCAUGGCUGCCGCCCCCAGCUCAGACCUUUGCCCGCCGCCCCUGGUGGCUUCUGGAGGUGCAGGGUUGGGCCCCGCUGCUGCUAGGAAGCCCGCGCUGGUCUGCAGCCCAGGCCUGAGCGCUCUCCAGCCACGCGCCUGCCCUAGACCCAGUACCUUCCAGCCGGUUCUGAGUGAACGACCCUCGGUGUGGCUGCCGCAGCUCAGCCCGGAGGCCCCGAGGACCGAGCCCCGCUGCCCGGAGCUGCACCUGCCACUGCGGCCAGUGCCCAGACCGCCGUUCUCCGACUUCGGGUAUCCUCUGAGAUUCAACUCUGAUCACAUGAGGGCUAGGUAUCCUGAGAGAGAGCCUGCCAUGCAGUGCCCUACCUGUUGCACUGCGCCCUGCUAUCAGCCGUUCCCACUGGACUACCAGGAUGCAUCCUCAGCCCUGCGGAUGCCCUCACAAAGGGGCUUCCGGCCUGUCUCCUGCAGCCCCUACCAUGGAAGAGACUUGGUGUCAGAAUCAGGCAUAGACUUCCGGCCAAGACAUUACUCACCACCUCCACCUCCACCACCGCCACCACCACUGCUGGCAUCACUGUCGCUGCCCCCGCUGCCACCACCGCUACCACUGCCACCACUGCCACCUCCACCACAGCCACAGCAGCCUCAGAUCCUCCCACCAGGCUACCUCUUUCCGCCGCAUCCCCCGCCACCACCAUCACCACCAGCUUCCUCACUGACCAUCCUGCAUGAAACCGACAAGGAGAAUACUGAUAAUCAGAACACAGAUGCAGAGGUGCCCACUGAGCCCAGCCAGCUCUUUUCUCGGGAGCAGUCCAACUAAGCUGCAGGCCACCUUGUAGGCUGCUGGGGGGAGGGUCUACGACAGUAAUGAUUUUCUCUCCUGUGUUCGUGUUGUAUAGGGAGGAAGGAUAUUCAUAGCUAUAAGAUGGCAGAUAAUUCAACAUUUCAAGAUAGGAGGAGGAAGGUGUUUUCAAGGUUCUCUGGAUCUUGCAUUGGGGUUGAGGUGGGACAUGGAAGAAGAAAGUGCCUGGAAGGGCCAGUGCUUUGAAGAGUGGGAGCUGGUGAAGCACGUGUUUAGAAAUGAAUUUAACCAUCCUGGGUCAUGCCGCUUAUGGGAUUCACCCCUCGAGACGGCCUUUGAUUUCCUCAGGCUCCACUCAAGACAGAAGGCACUAUCCAUUUCAGCCUUCUGUCGCCUUUGCCUGAUUCUUGGGGCUGGGUACCACAAACAUCAAGACUCCCAGCACAUGCAGGUGGCUUGUGCCAGCAGCCAGGACUGGGGUGUUGACAGCAGGUUCUGCAGCACCCCGCCUUUGGCCAGCCACUGCCUCUAACCCUUCUCCAGCUGUUAAACCACUGGACCACAUUGGCUUCUCCAUGUAGCUCAAGCCAUGAUAAGCAUCCUUUCUGGUUUAAAAAAGUCUGUUUGUUUCAUUAUCAGAUGUUUUUAUAGUAGGAAGCUCAUAGGCACUAAAGUAGUUCUCAGAGCAUAGAACAGCACAGUGAAUCACCUGUGGCACUGGCAGAUUCUUCUCUAAGGACAGUUGACUGUUGAAUAAACUAA